AUGCGCCGUUGACUUUUCAAAGGCUUUUAAAUUUGCGUGCAAAAUGGCUGCGCAGGUCGACUUGGUGCGUGUUAAAGUGGAGGAAAAGCCGAGGGACGGUGUGGAGCGAGCGAGCAAAGAUAAGAAGAAGAAGAAGAAGAAACGAGAGCACUCGCCGUGCACGGAGAAGCAUUCGAGGCCGGAGAAGGAGGCGAAAAAGAUUAAGCUACAUCACAUCCAACAUCAACACCACCAUCACCAACAUGCUGAACAACAGCGAGUACCUCAGCAGCAGCAGCAGCAGCAACAACAACAACAGCAGCAACCACCACAGCAGCAGCAGCAGAAGAAGACUUCUCACGGGAUAAACUUCAGCAGCAAAGAGCUAGCGCCUGUGCAGCACCGCAACCACCACCAUCACAACCACCACCACGGCCCGAAGAAGGACGCGGCUAUGGUCUGGCCGCCUCGAAAGGCGACACCUCUGCCUCACAAGCUCGCUCCUGCUCCCGCUCCUGCUCCUGCUCCUUCUUCUCCCGCUCCUCUCUUCACUUUCACUCCGCUUAAAGUAGCGAAGGCCGAGAGCCGCCACAGCACCAAGCCCCAGAAACAGCCCGAGAAGGAGGUGAAGCUGAAACCUAAGAAGGAAAACGCGGAGGUUAACGUGAAAGUCGACUCCUGUAAGAAGCAGACAGAGCCCAAUAAUGAGAAUGGAAAGCCUCAGACCUUGGAGGAGUACCUGCUGAAAAAGAAGAAGAAAAAGAAGAGGCACCGGGAAGACGAGCAGCGUAGCAAGCGAUUGCGGACGUCUGACAAGGAGAUCCAGACCGAUGAAUGCUCUUUGUCCACCGAGUCUGACAAGACUGUCGUCGCCAACAUCAAAGAGGAAAAACUCGGUCACGCUGGCUCAAACGAGGGUCCAGUCUUUCCUUUCCUCUCACAUCAGGACCACUCUAUUCGCAGCUCAUGCCUGAAGACAAGCUCACGUUUUAGCAGGCUCAUGCACGAGGAGGUGCAGCCCAAUGGUGGAGCAUCCAUUCUGCACGCGUAUGCCGAUGAAAUCUCUCUCUUGCAGCCUGGGGAGAAGGAGAGGUUUGCAUGCGAGUUCCUCGACCUGGCUUUUAGCGAAAUUUCCAAAGGAGCAGCAAGGUAUGCACUUUCGGUGGUCCAUGGCGCUGCUGCCUACCUCCCCGACUUCCUGGACUACUUUGCCUUCAACUUCCCCAACACGCCGGUCAAGAUGGAGAUUCUCGGAAAGAAGGACAUCGAGACCACCACUAUCUCCAAGUUUCAUUCCCAGGUGAGUCGAACAUACUGCUCUGGGACAUAUCGUGCUGGCCCCAUGAGACAGAUCAGCCUGGUGGGGGCCGUGGAUGAGGAAGUAGGGGAUUAUUUCCCGGAGUUCCUGGACAUGCUGGAGGAGUCGCCGUUCCUCAAGAUGACCUUGCCAUGGGGCAGCCUGUCCAGUCUGAAGCUGGACUGCCGCUCUCAGAGUGACGACGGGCCCAUCAUGUGGGUUAGACCAGGAGAGCAGAUGGUUCCCACAGCGGAUAUGCCCAAAUCUCCAUUUAAGAGGCGCAGGUCCAUGAACGAGAUCAAGAACCUGCACUACCUGCCGAGGACGAGUGAGCCACGUGAGGUUCUGUUUGAGGACCGGACGAGAGCGCACGCCGAUCAUGUGGGCCAGAGUUUUGACUGGCAGAGCACGGCCGCUGUAGGGGUCCUCAAAGCCGUGCAGUUUGGAGAGUGGAGUGAACGGCCAAGGAUAACCAAAGAUGUUGUGUGUUUUCAUGCAGAGGAUUUUAAUGACGUUGUGCAGAGGCUUCAGCUCGACCUGUAUGAACCUCCUGUAUCUCAGUGUGUGCAGUGGGUGGACGAUGCGAAGCUGAACCAGCUGCGGCGCGAGGGCAUCCGGUACGCGCGCUUACAUCUGUGCGAUGACGACAUCUACUUCAUCCCACGCAACGUCAUCCACCAGUUUAAGACCGUGUCGGCUGUGUGCAGCUUGGCGUGGCACAUCCGCCUCCAGCAGUACCAUCCGGAGAAAGAGCAAAAAGAAGAAGAAGAGGAAGUACGCAAACCCAGCUCGCCCACGCCGGACAAGCCUGUUAACCAGAAGUCAGCCACGUUGCACCCAUCUCACGCGGACACUUUGCACCCAGAGAGUGCGCCUUCACUUAACACCACUCCUCAAGCUCCUACAGGUCCUCAGGCUUCCCUCCACCCAGCUCCAGGUGACUCUCUGAGCAGCAGCAGCAGCAGCAGCAGCCUUCACUGAUUUCUCCCAAUGACCUGCAGGUGACUGAAAUCAGUUUCACUUUAAUCAAUUUAACAAACUUGACUGACAUUCCAGGAAAGGAUUUGGACCGUCUGACUAAAGCAAGACUCUAAAAGUCUGACGAUUAUAUAUAUAUAUAUAUAUUUUUUUCUUUUUAAAAGAAAAACAUUUUGUUCAAGAAACGACCCCUGUAAGUACUUUUUAAUUUUUUUCACUCAGCCAAAGUAUUUAAUUUUAAUAAUAUUUUUUGCUGAUUGUUCAGUAUUGUUUUAUAUUCAUUUAUAUCUGAAAUGGAGCUCUUUCGAGAGGAAAUUCUUCAUUAUUGUCUACCAAACUGUGCAUCAUGUGGAUCAGUUAAUUGGUUUUUGCAAAAAGGAAAAAAAAAAAGUGCCUAACAGCAAUCAUGUCUCUAAAGAAGGAAAAAAAGGUCCUGUUCAUUUCUGUGGUUAUUUGUUUGAAAUUUGUGUUUUAUCCCAGCUGGAGAAUCAAUAUUAGUGAUUUACUUUUCAUCACAGAGCAGGAUUGAUUUCUGAUUUUGUUUUAUUCUGUCUGGCAUGGAAAGUAAAUUUGUAUCCAAAUAAGUAAUAAAAUAACAACUGUUCCCAAAGAGUUCCCAAAGGCUGUGCAAAGCUGGAUCUUGAGAUGUUUAAUUGACUAAUUUCCUAGCAAUGGCUUCUCUCUCUGGACUUUUCUUUAAUAUGAAUUUCUCAGGGUCCCUUUUCAUUUGAGGGUUUUUUUUUUUGUUUUUUUUUUAAAUUGGACGUUAUGGGUAAAUUUGUUACAGUGCCACAACUGGAUCAUGUUUAUGGCAGGAAUACAGGUGUACUGCACAAGUCUUUCACUAAAUCUUCCUCUGAAUUUACUUUCAGAUGCAGAUCACAAGCUCGAAUACAUGUUAAAAAAAUUUUUGUGUUUCCUCAGAAAGUUUCUAACAGUUGACUGUUUUGUGAGUUACUAGGAGAUAUUUUUCAGUGCAGAUAAAAUUCAGGCACAACAUGCCUGAUUAAUUUACUUGAUUUCUUAACUUGGAGUGUACUAAUUAAAUGACUUUCAUGUGGUAAAUCAUUAAAGGGGUAAUCAGGGGUGGAGAAAUCACUAGCCCGGACACCUGAGACAAGCAGGUUUAUUUAUUGUAAGUAGCCCACGAUAAGUUGAACAAGAUUCAACAACCAAAAAGAAAAAAACUCUCUACUCCUCCUCCUCUUUCUUUGGUAUGUAGGCUUUGUUUAAGCUUAAUGUGCUUCACAGUGGUGCACCAGCAUGCUUCCGAAUCGCAUCAUCCGCACUACACACGUCACACGAGACGCGAUCUGGCUGACGGUAGAAAGCCGUUUAUGGAUGACAGACGAUCUUUUGAGAAUCAGGAACAUUGCUGCACACACACCUAAUCAUAUUAGGUGUAAAUAUCUUUAUUUUUAUGUGUGUUGACAGACAGAACAAAGGACCGAACAAAUCUUAAUGCCCAAAUGCAGGCCAGCGACUUGCUGUCUUUUCUCGUUUCCCUUCGUCUACAUUAGCGAUGUAAACCUCAGGCUUCCAAACGAUACGGUAUUUUGAUUCAAUAUUUGACUAUCAGUAAUCUGCUACGAUCUGACUGAUAUGUGAAGAACUUUUGUGCAGAACCUGGGGUAGGCCUACUGUUAAUUCACGAGCGAUGGUGUCGUAGAGAAGGCCAGACUUAUGCGCAAAUCAGUGCUAGCUAAUUAUAUUAUUUACACAAAAUAUGAAUUAAUUUUAUACACCAUUUGUCUGUCCUUUUUUUGAAUCGAUUUGUAUUCAAUUUGUGAUUGCCUUUUAAAUUGGUGUAUCGAUCCAAAUAAUCCGAUUGUUCCAUCAUUAGUAUGUAUCAAUGCACUUAACUAGCAUAAUUUUAUUACCUUAGUUUAGCUACCACUUUUUGUUUGUUUGUUUGUUUGGUUGUUUGUUUGUUUGUUUUUAAUAGCCUAGUCAGUUUCCAGGCAACCAGAACAUAGGACUGGGCAGCACACCGGGCUAGCUAAUAAGUGUAUGAUCUUUCCACCCCUGCAUAAUACUGGAUCCUCAUUAUUGUCAGUCAGUCUGGUUACAGAGCAACAGCUCAAAUUAUACAAACGUGAAUCUUUUUAAAACAGAGCUUCCUCACUGGCCGGUAGAUUUGCCUUUUUGGUCACUGGCCAGUUUCCUAUUUGUCAGAACUGAUUUUCAGUGUUUCAAUGUUUGCUCUAUUUUUUCCAAAUCAUUAUUUGACACGGCACUCAAUUACCUCUUUGGAAACUAGCCUGAGUUUCUACAAAACGUCAUAUGAUCAGGUGAAAUUCAUGAAGGAAAUGAUGACGAGUCUUUUAAUGACAAAACAUUUUGCUGUGUACUGUUUUCAUCAAGACUGCUUCUGUUCUAAAUCCCCUCAUUUCCUAAAAUGUUUUAUCUUAUUUAUAUAUGUUAAUAGGAGAUACAGGAGGGGGAAUAUUAUGUUUCUUCUGUGAAUCUAAAGUUAGAACUGAACAUUUUUAGGAAGUGUAGAUUCCGAGAGCAAAUAGUCGGUGCUGUUUUUUACCAUUUCUGUGUUGCACAUGUCGCUAAGGUCAUCAUAUGCCUCAAAGCAGUUAGAUUGGCUUUUUUUUUCUUUUCUUUUUUUUUUUAAAAACACUGAAAUGACCUUUAUGACUGUACAGUAAAUUUUUUUGUUAUCUUAUAUUUUAGUUUUUAAAUUAAACCUAACCGUGCGUCAUCUGUCAACAUCCAGAUUGGAAUGUAAUUUAUUUUUACACCAGCAAGACAAAUCAUUAACGCUCGCUGCAUCGGUCACUUACAGAUACACAUUUUAUACAUUGCUAUAACUUUCUAACCUUUUCUCAUAGUCUAGGAAAUCAAAAUGUAGGUUUUCCAAAAAGUGUACCUACACCUGGCUCAUGGUUGGCAUUUAAAAAAAGAAAAAUCCAUGUGCUUAUAAACGCUAGCAAGUUCCAUAUGCAAUAUAUUAAGAAGAAUAAUUCUCAGUCCUGAACUGAAUGGAACACAGGGGUAGUGAGUUUUAAAGUUUGCACAGUAAUGUGUUUUUUGAGCAUUGUGAUAUCGUAUAACUGAUGAUCGGUUAAACAUCUGUCUUUCUCUGAUGCAGUAAUCACCUCCUAGAUCCAAAUGAGUGCCUUUUUACACGUCUAACACUCGGUGUGUGUUCUUACUCGGAGGUGUCGAACACUGCAGAGCUGCACAGAGUCGAGUCUAGCAAUAAUUUAAUCUACUCAUGGUUUAGCUAGACCUUAGUACAUCAGUACCAACAGCAACUUACUUAAUCUAAAAACAAUGAAGGCCAUUUUGUACAUUAUCACAAAAAGGUUGCAGGUGAGAAAUGUAACUCUUGGCUGUUUAAAACGUUUCAGGCCUUUCAGGGCUUUUGGUCUCUCAUGAAUUCAGGCACUGAGGCGAAUUUAAUAAUCACUUUCUAUGGUGCAUUUUCUGGAAAUAAUUCAAUUCAAACCUGGCAAUUUUAGCAGCCUGCCUUUUUCAAUAAACCCUUCCCCUGCAAAUUAGUUACAUCACAUGUAUACAUAAUGUGUUACUUCUGACUACUGGCAGCUAUUUUAUUAUUUUUUUUUGUCAUUGUUGAUCAAGAUUCUUAACUUUUUUUUUUUUUU